AUGUUCUCCGAAUACGCUUCCCGCUUUCUUGCUCAGUCUCAAUCACGCAUCAGCUUUGCUCCCGUCGAAGAGCGCCCUUCUCCAGAUAGUCGAUCCCGACGCUCAAAUCAAACAUGGAGGGCGUCGACGGCAUCGAGAACCUCGAAUACGCGAGUCCCUAACCCGUAUCAGCCGACCGCUUCGCAAUUAUCUGCAUUCCCUUUCGCAUCUCGCCUGAACCCUCAACAGGCGCCCCUCUUCUACAGUGCCACCGACGAGUUCCGGGAAGAGAAUGACGAAGAAGAACAUGAACGAGAUAUGGCAGAUUUCUACGCCCUGCAGAGAUCGAGAAGGCAACUCGGGGCCAGUGAUCUGAAGGCCUCGUCCGACGCCGGAGAAGGAAGUGAAGAUAGCGUCAAUGGGGACAGCAGCCACGGGAACGACGUGUACGAAAACAGCACGAGAAGAGGAGGCGGCAUUAGGAGUUCAUGGCAUGGCGGAGUCCGCUCGUCGCGACGGAGAGGGCCAGGCCUGGAAGAUCUAGCAGAAUCAGUGGAAUCGGACCGGGACAUUUCAAGUCCUCAGGCCUCACGCACUCGUAUGGUUGACAUUGGUCUGGAGGAUACGCUCAGAAGUGAAUACGGCGAUGAGCCUCCCGAGGAUCUGAUGGAGAACCCUCCUUCCAUCCAGCAACUGCAGCCACGCAAAGGGGCGAUGUACGAUGACUCUGGGCCUGAGUACUCGGAUGAUGGCGAUAGUGACGAUGCGCCGCGGAAACGCCUCCUCUCCGACGAGCAAGGCCAUGUAGUCGGUGAGCAUAGCCGGCCCGACGACCUUCAACAACCACCGAAUCGGCAGCCCAGGCACGAUGCUUUUUGGGGACAGAUCUAUCUGCUGAAUCUGGCAGCCAUGUUCACCACAUGGUUCCUCAUUUUUCUUCACACCGAGUCCCCCAGCAAGCGACAACCACUUGGUGACACCAUAUACACAACCUUGCACGGAUCCUUCUAUCUUUUAGCGACUUAUACCCUUCUAGCGACCUUCGUUUCACUGUUUUGGCUUGCAGCACUCAGGUCAUAUGUCCGAUAUCUUGUCUACGGUAUUGUCAUUGCCGUGCCAGUCAUUCUCUAUUCAUUCUGGCUAUACCCUUUCAUCUCCAGCUACCGGGGGUCCUGGCACGGAUCCAGUGCUCAGGAUACUGUCAUGCGAUGGACUUCUCUCAUCCCUGCGGUCAUGGCCACGCUAUGGGUCUUAGCAGUCAUCCGAGGCAGGAUGGCGAUGCAAAAGGCCAUCUCAAUCUUGGAGUUUGCCACCCGAAUCCUGGCCGCCAAUUCAACGUUGGUUUUGGUCGGAUUUUCAGUUUUGGGCUUCAUAAUCAGCUUUACCUGGCUGUGGCUUUCCAUGUUCACCAGGGUCUUCCUCGGUGGCCACCCCCUGUCGCGCUCUACCAUCAGCAGAUUCGUGAUUGACACCUCCACGUGGUGGGUUGGACUGUAUUUCGUUCUAGUCUAUCUCUGGACAAUCGCAUUUGCUUUCGGCAUGCAGCGCACCAUCACUUCUGCAACCGUUUCACAGUGGUACUUCCACCGUCUCGCGAUUCCGGCACCGACAUCCCAAGCUAUCGUCAAAGCGGCUCUAUUUCAUUCAUCGACCACGCUGUUUGGAACGAUUGCCCUCUUUACAGGCUUGGGUUUGUUGGUCAGACUCCCGCUGCUUCUCUUACCUCGCCGGAUCACAAUGCUCCUAGGGGUGGCCUUGUACUCCUUUAUACCGAGUCCAAUUGCGGUGUUGAUUAAUCCACUGACGCUCACAUAUGCCGCCAUCCAUUCCCAGCCUCUCAGCGUCAGCGCCAGAGGACUUUCACAGAUGCAUUUCCUUGCCCCAAACGAUGCUACGACUUCUUUGCAUCCCAACACUUUCAAUCGGCGUCACCGCACGGACGGCUGGUCUGCCGAUACGUCACCACUGUUACCAUACCGCCUAGCAAAACUCAUUCUACAUGCAACGAGGUUCAUCAUGUCCCUGGCCUUGGGAUUUGGUGGAUGGGUGUCAACAGCUCGAUCCCUGAGACUCGAAGGAUCUAGCGCCAAGGGAAGCCUCUAUGCAUAUGUGGUCGGUCUUGUAGCCGGAGCCAUCGGUUGGGGUAUCCUAGGAGCAAUGGAGGGCGUGCUCGCAUGCAUUGUGGAUGCUGUAGUUGUGUGCUGGGGAAGUGAAGUAGGUAGUACUGGGACGGGCGAAGUGAGAUAUUGCAGAGAAGCCGGCAAUCUGUUUGGCGAGGAUGAGGACAGAAUCGGGCGAGUCAGCCUAGCUUGA